AUGGGCGAUCCAAUAACUGACAGGCCAGUAAAACGUUUGCAGAUGGAAUCUGUCUGGAUGAGCGCGCAUUUGGUGAAGAGAAUGCUGCUGCUCGUGAGCGUGUGCGCGCUGCCGGUAUUGGGUGAGAGCAGCGGGCGCGUGGACCCUUUAACCCUGAGCCGCGCGGACCAGCAGUGCUGGGAAUCUUCCUCUGUUCUGCUCCUGGAGAUGCGCACACCGCGGAUUGCCGACACCGUACCCGCCUUCUGGGAUCUGAUGGUCUUUCUCAAGUCGUCGGACAACCGGAAACAUGGCGCACUGUUCUGGGACCUGGCACAGGUUUUCUGGGACAUCUAUGUGGAGUGUGUUCUGUCCCGGAACCACGGAUUGGGUCGGCGCCGUACAGCACAUCCAAACCAGCGCAUCACAACCACGCGCUCCCUCACCAAAGACGAGUCCUUCGUGCAUGAGACACAGGGCCAUGUCUCCAAACUAAAGGAGUUCAGUCGUGGCUGGUUUCGAAUACAAGUGGAAGCUCGUAAAAUGCACCAGGACACCCUCUCAGAAAAUCAGGAGAAUUACGAAAACCACCAGACUUUAAACAUUUUCUACAUGUAAUCUACUUAUGUGUGCAAUAAAUAAAUAUUUGCAGCAUUGUGGUGAUCAAUUGUAUCAAUUGUGGUGGUCAACUGUACUGUAUGUGCGGGUAGAUUGUGUUACUAUGGUUGCCAUCAUUGCACUGUUUGUGCACCAGUGAACUUUGAUGUACUUUUGUCAUACAUUUCCUGCGCAUGCGCGUAAAGUCGCUGAAUAAGGAGAAAACUGCAAGAGAAACUAACUAAACCAAAAGACAAUAAAUAGGCCUACAUAUAUUACUGGGAUGAAUUUCUAUUUUUGUUGUUUUGGUUGCUGUUUAUGCUCAACAGAGAGG